AUGAUGGUGUCUGUGUGUCAACACCUUCACCGAGCUCAACAACGCAUGAAGGCACAAGCGGACAUGAGCCGGUCCGAGCAAACCUUCGUCGUCGGCGACUUUGUCUACCUGAAGCUACAGCCGUACGUGCAGUCCUCAUUGGUGCCGCAAGCCCAUCAGAAGCUCUCCUUCCGCUACUUUGGCCCCUACAAGGUGAUCGACUGCAUCGGCUCCGUCGCCUACAAGCUUGAACUUCCUCCUUCUUCGUCGAUUCAUCCAGUCUUCCAUGUGUCGCUCCUCAAGCCGGCACCCUCGACGAAGUACAUCGUCUCGCCGUCGCUUCCUAACAUUGACGACAACCUACAAGUGCCUAAAGCAGUACUCCAGCGUCGUCUUCAGAACCAGCAUGAAGCCUCAGUACCCUAG